AUGGCUUCCGAAACCGACGAAGCUCCGGUUGUAAAUAAGAACAAGAGGCACAGAAAGGACAAGCCUUGGGACACGGAUGACAUCGACCAUUGGAAAAUCGACCCCUUCACGAACACGGACAAUAAGGGUGGAACAUUCCUCGAAGAAUCAUCUUUCGCAACACUAUUUCCAAAGUACCGCGAAAAAUAUCUUCGGGAAGUAUGGAGCGCAGUAACGAAAGCAUUAGAAUCUCACGGCAUCGCAUGUACACUAGACCUCAUACACGGUUCAAUGGCCGUCCGAACAACCCGCAAGACAUUCGAUCCAUACAUCAUCCUCAAAGCUCGCGAUAUGAUCAAACUCCUCGCGCGUGGAGUCGCCCUUGGCCAAGCCGUGAAGAUCCUCAACGACGACAUGGCUUGCGACAUCAUCAAAAUUGGCGGUUUAGUCAGAAAUAAGGAACGAUUCGUUAAGAGACGGCAGAGGAUUAUUGGACCUGAUGGGAGUACGUUGAAGGCAAUUGAACUUUUAACCCAGUGCUAUGUCCUUGUACAAGGCAACACAGUUAGCGCCAUGGGCCCAUACAAAUCGCUCAAAGAAGUCCGUCGAAUCGUACUCGACUGCAUGCGAAACAUCCAUCCAAUAUAUCGAAUAAAAGAGCUAAUGAUCAAACGCGAACUCGCCAAAGACCCCAAACUCGCAAACGAGUCCUGGGACCGUUUCCUCCCCAAAUUCCGUAAACGACACCUCAAGACCUCCGAAAAGACUGCUCGGAAGAACGAGGCGCAUCGAUCGAAAGAUGAAGCUCGGAAAGAAGCGGGACUCGAUGUGGACGGCUCAACGACAGCAAAUAUACCGAAGAAGAAAGUGUAUACGCCGUUCCCGCCGCCUCAGCAGCCUCGCAAGGUUGACUUACAACUCGAAUCAGGAGAAUACUUCCUCAAACCUCGCGAAAAAGAAGCCAAGGAAGCACAAAAGAGGAAAGAAAAGCAAGCAGAAGUUACAGCCGAACGCCAAGCAAAACGCGCAGAAGCGUUCGUCGCACCAACCGAGCAGGCCGAGCCAACCGUCGAAGAGAAGCUCAAGAAGAAAAAGAGGAAGGAGAGAGAUGUUGUCGCUGGUGUUGUUGGAGAGGAAGGGGAAGAGGAGAAAAGGAAGAAGAAAAAGAAGAAACGAAGGACCGAGACGGAGGACGAGGAAUAA